CCUUCAUCUUGUUGCAUGACAAGGCACCACGAUGAAGCUCAUUUGCUUUGCUCUGCCACUGGCGGCCCUUGUCCAGGCCUAUUCCCCGGCUGAGGAGAUUGACGUCCAGGCCAGUCUCCUCAGCAACCCCAACGACGUGGCUGGCAAGACCUUUGACUACAUCAUCGCAGGCGGCGGCUUGACCGGCCUUACUGUCGCUGCCAAACUGACGGAGAACCCUAAUAUCGACGUCCUCGUCAUCGAAAAAGGAUUCUACGAGUCGAACGCUGGUCCCAUCAUCGAGGACGCAAACAGCUACGGCCAGGUCUUCGGCAGCAGCGGCGACCAGAACUACCUCACCGUCGAGCAGAUCAACAACCGCACCGCCGCCGUCGUAUCCGGCAAGGGACUGGGAGGUUCAACUCUCGUCAACGGCGCCUCCUGGACCCGCCCAGACAAAGCCCAAAUCGACUCCUGGGAGAAGGUCUUCGGGAUGGUCGGCUGGACGUGGGAUAGCAUCCUGCCGUACAUGAACAAUGCUGAGAAAUCCCGCGCACCAGAUGCUGCUCAGAUUGAAGCAGGACAUUCCUUCGACCCAUCCUGCCACGGCUUCAACGGCACCGUGCAGGCCGGGCCCAGAGACAACGGCAAGCCGUGGUCCCCUCUCAUGAAGGCGCUCAUGAACACCACGUCCGAUCUCGGGAUCCCGACCCAGGUGGACUUCCACUGCGGACGCCCGCGCGGGGUGUCCAUGAUCCAGAAUAGUCUACGCGAAGAUCAGACCCGCGCCGACGCGGCCCGUGAGUGGCUGCUCCCCAGCUAUACACGGCCCAACCUGAAGAUCCUCACGGGACAAGUCGUGGGCAAGAUCCUCUUUGACGCAGAUUCAAUCUCGACCCGUCCCAAAGCCGUGGGUGUCAAUUUCGGUACCCACAGAUCCGUCAACUUCAACGCCCACGCCAGACACGAAGUCCUGCUUGCUGCGGGAUCCGCAAUCUCGCCCUUGAUCCUGGAAUACUCCGGUAUCGGCCUCAAAUCGGUCCUUGAAUCCGCCAAUGUCUCGCAGAUCAUCGAUCUCCCUGUCGGUCUCAAUAUGCAGGACCAGACCACGACGAGUGUGCGCGCUCGCAGUUCCCAGGCUGGGUUCGGCCAGGGCCAGGCUGCGUACUUUGCCAACUUCACCGAAGUCUUUGGCGAGGACUCCACCCGUGCGAUUGAAUUGCUUAAUACAAAGCUUGACGAGUGGGCCGAGGAGACGGUGGCGCUAGGUGGGUUCCAUAACGCGUCUGCGCUGAAGAUGCAGUAUGAGGAGUAUCGCAGCUGGUUGCUUGAUGAGGAUGUUGCGUAUGCAGAACUGUUCUUGGAUACAGAGGGGGAUAUCAAGUUUGAUAUCUGGGAUUUGAUCCCCUUUGCCCGGGGUUCGACGCAUAUUCUCAGCAGCGAUCCGUAUAUGUGGCACUACGCUAAUGACCCGAAGUUGUACCGCAAUGAACUUGAUGUUCUCGGCCAGGCUGCUGCGACGAGACUCGCGCGGAGGUUGCAGAGUACCGGGGAGAUGAAGAAAUAUUUCGCUGGCGAGGUUACCCCAGGUGCUGAAGUGCCGGCCGAUGCAAGUCUAGAUCAAUGGGCCGAGUAUGUGACUGAUGUCUUCCGACCGAACUGGCAUGCGAUUGGGACGUGUUCUAUGAUGGCUCGUGAGCUUGGAGGUGUUGUUGACGCUACGGCGAAGGUGUAUGGAACGCAAGGACUGCGGGUUAUUGACGGCUCUAUUCCUCCCACGCAGCUUUCGUCUCAUGUUAUGACGGUGUUUUAUGGGAUGGCGUUGAAGAUUGCUGAGAACGUCCUUGCCGAUUAUAAGAAGGCGUAACCGUUUUAACUGUCUGCUGUCGUUCAUUUCCUCUCCAUACUUCAAUAGAAAUUUUAAAUCAGAUAGUAUAGACCCAUAUAGAA